AUGCCAAUUAUUAUUCAAUUUACACAUUUUAAAACUGAAUUACAUCGUCUAACAAAUUCACAAAUAUCUCUUAAAAUUUUACGUCAUGUUCUUAAUUCUUUUGAAUUAUUAAAAAUAACAAAAUUAAUAUAUGAUCUUAGUCAAUUUUAUCUACUGUUACAUCAAACUUAUACACAAUUAAUUGAACGAAGUGAAUUUUUAACAAUAACAUUAAAACAAUUGUAUGAUCGAGGUCAAAAACAUUAUAAUACUUCUCAUUAUCAAAAAUAUCAAAAUGAAGAUAAAACUCAUCAAUUGAUAAUUGAGAAAGGAAUUGAAGCUGUUAAUAUAUAUCAUCAAUUUUCUGAUGGUCUUAUUCGUCCAGGUGCAUGUGAUGAAACUCAACGUUUUUCAAUUAUUUCAUUCGAUACAUCAGUGAAUUAUUUAGUUACAAAUGAUAAUCAUGACGAAGGCGAUAUUAUUAUGCGUAUAAUCAGUGUCUUAGUUGAUUUUCAUAAUAGUUUAUUGGAUUUGAUGGAAAAUGAAUUGAACAAUAAUCAGAAUCACACUGUUAGUGCUUUGAAAAAUUUGAUCAAAGAAUUGACAUCAAAGAAUAUCUCGAUUUUACAAAUUGCAAAUGAUAAUACUGGUGUUAUUAGUUUGAAUGAAAAAGAUUGUCUAUGGAUUGAACAAUUAUGUCAAGCAAGCCUUACUACUGAUGAAGAACAAUACUUCAUUGCAUCAGACUCACGAUUAAUAUUUGAUUUUACCUAUAUUCAAUCACAGAUUAUUCGAACAUAUCUUCUAUAUUGUCGUAUAAAUUAUCAUCAUAUUAUUCAAAAAUAUCAAUGUCACACAAAAAAAGAACAAACAACAACAAAUGUUGAACAUUUAGAUCUCGAUGAAAAAUAUUUGAUUCGACUAAGUGAUGAACAACUUGAAAAUGAAUGGAAUAAUCAUUUGAAAAAUGUUUUAUUAGACAAACUUUAUCAUGGUCAUAAUCUUUUAAGACAAAUAGCAUUAACAUUAAAUAAUCAUUCAAAUGAUUUAUCAUCAAUUUAUCUCUUUGAAUUUGUUAAAAUAACUGAUCACAACAACCAUGAUAUUCUUCAACAAUUAGAACAAUAUGAAAUAAAAGAUUUUCAAUUAUGUCAUAUUGAUCAUAUAAUUAAACUCUAUGCAGAAUCUAUCAGUGGAUUUCAACAUUUGUUUACAGACAUUCCAUCUUUACUUCGAAUUCCAAUUGAUACUCAAUUAAAUAAUGAACUCAUUCAAAAAUUUAAUGAAAACUUAUUCAUCAUUGAUUAUAACAAUGAUAUUGAGAAAAUUCAACAAAUAAUUCAAACAAUCACAGAAUUUCUUAAUGAAUUAAAAACAAUUGAAGAUAUUCUUCUACAACAAUCUGGACAAUCAUUAGUUGAAACAUGUCAACAUUUAGCAAUCGAUAAUUCAAUUCUUUCAUAUAUACCAUAUAGAAUAAAAUGUGAAAAUUAUGUUGAUCUUUAUAUUCAUUUAAUUCGUACAAGAUCAAAUCUUCAAGAACAAAUAUUUAAUAUCGAAGAACAACAAAUGAAAUUAUGGGAUGAAAAUUUUAAUUCAUAUGAACAACAAGAUAAACAAGAAAAUCGUUUUCAUCAAUAUUUAAACCCUCAAUAUGAUGAACAAAUAUUCGAAAGAAAACAAAAUCUUAAUGAAUUAAAUGAUUGGAAACUUCCUAUAAUAGAUGAUACAGAAGAAUUAACAACUGGUUUAACAUAUGACAAUAAUUUACUUGAUUUAGAUCAAUCACAAGAUCAACAGCAAAUGAAAUCUAAAAUUGAUUCAAAUAAAAAUAUUGAAUAUAAAUCCUUGAUGGCAAUAAAUAUAAAAUCAAUUCCAUGUUUAUCAUCAGUAUUUAUUCAACAAAUACAUAAAUAUCGAACAGAAUCAUCAAUAGAAUCAAUUAUUGUAAAUAAAGCACAAAAAUUUACUAUUAUUCAUCCAAAUGGAGAAUCGAAAACAUAUUUUUGGAAAAGUGAAAAUUUUUUCGAACAAUUAAAAAAAAUAUUUAUUGAUAAAAAAUAUGAUCAUAAUUUAUUUGUUGUUGUUGACAAAAAUGGAAUGUUUGUCGAUCUUACAAAGAAUAAUCAUUGUCCAGCAUAUCAAUCACCUUUAGAGUAUCAUAUUAUUGAAAAACAAAACUUAAUUCAAAUACAAUUUCAAUUUCGAACACAAAUAUCUAAAUAUUUAAUCACAUCAAAGUGUAAUAUAUCAACUAUUAUUCAUCAUUUUCUUGAUGUUAAACAACUCAAAAAUUUAUCAUCAGAUAUUAUUCUUUGUUUCUUUGAUGAAUAUGGUAAAUGUAUUGAUGAUCUUUGUACAAUGGAUCAAAAGAUAAUUACGAUUUUCGUAACGGAAGAAACAUUGAAUACUAGCAUUUUAUAUGAAUUUGCUUUACAGAACAAUGAAGGUAAUUAA